AUGAACGGCAUAAUCAAUGAUAAGCGAAGUGUCAGUGGUGGGAGACCGGUGGGAGAGUGGGAGAGCGGGAAAGUGGGAGUCCGGUGGGAGCCGGGACGCUGGUUAAUCUCCCAUUAUAGGGCAAAGCAAAAGUCUUCUCUCAAGUUUACGACAGAGUACCCUUUCUCGCUCGAAAAGGCCCAAUCAUGGCUACUGCGAGACGAUUCUAAGCCUUACAUACCUGUCGCCGGUUGCGCAGAUGAUGGCUGGUCAAAAGAAGGCGAGGCGACUGCCACAUGCUACUGUGGUGCGGUACAGUUGGCCUUUCCAACACAAGGCCCCGGCCUAAUUGACACUUUCACCUGCCAUUGCGUUGACUGCAAAAAAAUCACUGCAUCCAUGUUCGCCACUAAUUUCAUCGUGGCAGACACACACCUACAGCAUCUACGUGGCAAAGAAACCAUCAAGACAUUUAGCCAGUCGAAAACCAUAGCCUCCGGCAAGGCAAUGACCAAUUUUUUCUGUUCGAUUUGUGGCUCACUCAUGUACCGCAUCGGUGAAGUGAUGCCGGGCCAUAGUAUCCUGCGUACCGGAACGGUGGAUGAUAUCACCCUGCAUGGAACGAAAUUGAAGCCCCGGUUUGAGCUAUAUAUCAAGGACCAUGUGCAAUGGCUUUGUGGUGUAAGUGAUGUGGAACAGGUCAAGGGAUCGGCUUAUACCCCAAGGGGUCCUGAUCCUUCUGAACUUGAAGAAAGUGAAUGGGGCUCUGAGAAAUAA